CCCUAAGGCGGCGGCGCCAACCGCCCCGGGGAGGAGGGGAGGGGCCGGGCCGCACCGCAGCCGCCGCUUCCUGCGGGAGUCGGGUCCAGCCGGCGGCGCUCUGCCCCGAGCCUGCACGGCGCCUCGGGAGCUAAGACAAGAUCUGAAAUGGUCCGAUACACUACUGUGCUCCUUCAGAGACUCAUGCUUGCUGAUGAUGAGAAGUAAAAACUUUAACUUGUUAAAGCAUAUAUUUUGUAAAAAUUGGAAAUAUCUUGGUCACUACUAGUGAAUGGGAUUUGUGUUGCCGAAAGCAUAAACGGAGAAUUAUAAAAUAACUGAUUGAUUGACACAGACCUGUGGCUUGAGAAGAAGUUUAUCUACUGGGAAAAAUGGGUCGAUCUAACUCUCGAUCACAUUCUUCAAGAUCAAAGUCCAGAUCUCAGUCCAGCUCUAGGUCAAGAUCCAGAUCACACUCUAGAAAAAAGAGAUACAGUUCUAGGUCUCGAUCAAGGACAUACUCACGGUCUCGCAGCAGGGAUCGUGUUUAUUCUAGAGAUUAUCGCAGAGAUUACAGAAAUAAUAGAGGAAUGAGACGUCCCUAUGGUUACAGAGGAAGAGGUAGAGGGUAUUACCAAGGAGGAGGUGGUAGAUACCAUCGUGGAGGUUAUAGGCCUGUCUGGAACCGAAGACACUCCCGAAGCCCUAGGCGUGGCCGUUCCCGUUCCAGAAGUCCAAAGCGAAGGUCUGUGUCUUCACAGAGGUCCCGGAGCAGAUCUCGUCGAUCUUACAGAUCUUCCAGGUCCCCGAGGUCCUCUUCAUCUCGUUCUUCAUCCCCAUACAGCAAAUCACCUGUCUCUUCCAAAAGACGUGGGUCUAUGGAAAAGCAGGCAAAGAAAACUGAAGGGGCUCCUUUGCAAGAUAGCCCUUUGAAAAAUAAAUCACAAGACGAACAGAAAGAUACGUUUGAACAUGACCCAUCAGAAUCUCUUGACGAUUUUAAUAAAUCAUCAGCAGCUUCUGGCGACAUUUGGCCUGGCCUUUCAGCGUAUGAUAACAGUCCAAGGUCACCCCACAGUCCUUCUAUUGCUACCCCGCCCAGUCAGAGUUCAUCUUGCUCUGAUGCCCCUUUGCUUAGUACAGCCCACUCAGCAAAGGACACACCUCAACAUUCCCAUUCCAUUCAGCAUAGUCCUGAGAGGUCUGGCUCUGGUUCCGUUGGAAAUGGUUCUAGCCGUUAUAGUCCUUCUCAGAAUAGCCCAUUGCAUCACGUCCCUUCGAGGAGAAGCCCUGCAAAGACAAUCCCAUCACAGAGUGCUCCCCGUGAGGAGCCUCGAACACGUUCAUUUUAUCCCGAGACUGGGGAACAGGAAACUGUAAAAGGUGGAAAGUUUCUGAAAAGGUACACAGAUGAAGAGUCUAGAGUAUACCUGCUUGAUAGGGGUAAUACCAGGGAGAAGGAGGCCCAGAAGGAGAGAGGAUCAGAAAAAGGGAGGACAGAGGGAGAAAGGGAAUGGGAGGAUCAGGAAACUUUAGACUUUUUCAUUGAUAAAGAGACUGGGAAAGAGAAGUUUAAUGACUCUGAAGGGGAGGACACUGAGGAGACAGAGGAUUACAGACAGUUCAGAAAGUCUGUCCUGGCAGAUCAGGGUAAAAAUUUUCCUACUGCAUCUCACCGGAAUGCUGAGGAGGAAGGAACCAAAUACAAAUCUAAAGUAACAAUGAAGGGCAAUAGAGAGAGCGAUGGAUUUAGAGAUGAGAAAAGUUAUAAGCCUAAAGAGACUGGCUAUAUAGCGGAAAGGCCUAGUACAACAAAAGAUAAGCACAAGGACGAAGACAAGAGUUCUGAGAGACUAACGAUGAAGAAAGAAACUCAGUCACCUGAGCAGGUAAAGUCUGAAAAGCUCAAAGAACUCUUUGAUUACAGUCCCCCUCUACACAAGAAUCUGGAUGCGAGAGAAAAAUCCACCUUCAGAGAGGAGAGCCCACUUAGGAUCAAAAUGAUAGCCAGUGACUCCCAUCGUCCUGAAGUUAAACUCAAAAUGGCACCAGUACCUCUUGACGAUUCCAAUAGACCUGCUUCCUUGACUAAAGACAGGCUGCUUGCUAGCACACUUGUCCAUUCCAUCAAGAAGGAUCAAGAGUUCAGAUCCAUCUUUGACCACAUUAAGCUGCCACAGGCCAGCAAAAGCACGUCAGAGUCAUUUAUUCAGCAUAUAGUGUCCUUGGUUCAUCAUGUCAAAGAGCAAUACUUCAAGUCAGCUGGAAUGACCCUAAAUGAGAGGUUCACUGCAUAUCAAAAAGCAACUGAAGAGCACUGCACUCGGCAAAAGAGCCCAGAAAUACAUAGGAGGAUUGACAUCUCUCCAAGUGCCCUGAGGAAGCAUACCCGUUUAGCAGGUGAAGAGAGGGUCUUUAAAGAAGAAAGUCAAAAAGGAGAUAAAAAAUUAAGAUGUGAUUCUGCUGAUCUUCGGCAUGACAUUGACCGCCGUAGAAAAGAGCGAAGUAAAGAGCGAGGAGACUCAAAGGGCUCCAGGGAAUCCAGUGGGUCAAGAAAGCAGGAGAAAACUUCAAAAGAUUACAAGGAUUACAAAUCUUAUAAAGAUGACAGUAAGCAAAAAAGAGAGCAAGACCGUGCUAGAUCUUCUCCAUCUUCCUCUCCAUCUGCUUCUUCAUCCAGUUCUCGAGAAGAAAAGGAUUGCAAGAAAGAAAGAGAUGAAGAGUUCAAAACUCACCACGAACAGAAAGAAUACUCUGGUUUUGCAGGAGUCAGCAGGCCAAGAGGCACCUUUUUUCGAAUUAGGGGCAGAGGAAGAGCCAGAGGAGUCUUUGCUGGAACAAAUACUGGUCCCAGCAACUCAAAUACUACUUUUCAAAAGAGACCGAAGGAAGAGGAGUGGGAUCCUGAAUAUACCCCAAAAAGCAAGAAAUAUUUCUUGCAUGAUGACAGAGAUGAUGGUGUGGAUUAUUGGGCCAAACGAGGAAGGGGCCGUGGUACUUUCCAGCGUGGCAGAGGGCGUUUUAACUUCAAAAAGUCAGGUAGCAGUCCGAAGUGGACACAUGACAAAUACCAAGGGGAUGGGAUUGUGGAAGAUGAAGAAGAAACGAUGGAGAACAACGAAGAAAAGGACAGACGCAAGGAGGAAAAGGAAUAACCCUGGAAGAAAGCUGAAAGAGCAGCUUUUGCACCACCCACACAACAUUUUUAAUAUGUUCUUUUUGUUGUCAAAUGAAUGUAAGCAUUUUACUUAAAUUUUACUGUUGGAAGUAGUUUAGAAGGAUUGUUUUUCUGUUUUAAGCCUUUAGGAAAAAAAAUCUUGAUAUAGUAAACUAUGUUAAUGAUCGUACAGUUAGAAAGUAAAAUAUUUGUAACAACUUUUAAGAAAUUUUACUGUUUGUUAUAUGCAGUGUAAUUCUGCUUUGUCCAAAUACAUGGUCAAGUACAACUCUUAAAAGUUUUGAUUCUCCCCUAUGUCUGUGUUUUAUUCUGAAGUAAACUUCCAGCUCUGCACACCUGAAAUCUUGGAGGAGCAUUUUUUAUCAGCUGAUUACUACUUCUGUGUUGCUUUUUUUUUUAAUUAAAAGCGUUUUUAACUAUA